AUGGCUAUACUCGAUUAUCUAGGUUUUGGACGCCCAUCGCCAGCGGCUGAGAGCAAUUCCAAGAGCCCUGUUCGUGCUCUUCCGGCAAGCUGGUACACGUCUGAAGAGAUGUACCAACUCGAACGACGAGCAAUCUUCUCCCGACGAUGGAUGCUCGUUACCCACGGGACGAGACUUAGCCAACCAGGAGAAUACCUGAAGUUCGACGUCGCAGGCUACGAGUUUGUCCUGUGCCGUGACCGGAGCGGGGAAAUUCACGGAUUCCAUAAUGUUUGCCGUCACCGUGCAUUCCCUGUCGUCCAAGGCGAACAGGGAACGGCAAAGAUCUUUGCAUGCAAGUAUCAUGGCUGGUCAUAUGGACUCAAUGGCAAACUCGCAAAGGCCCCAAAGUAUGAUGAACUAGAAGACUUCGAUAAGUCACAGAACGGCUUAUUCCCAAUCCAUGUCCGUGUCGAUGCCAGCGGGUUUGUUUGGGUCAACCUUGACAGUAAGGAGGCUCCCGAAGUUCCAUGGGAGCAGGACUUUGACGGCGUCGACACGCAAGAGCGCUACAAGGUGUAUAACUUUGACGACUACAUUCUCGACCAUGAGUACAAACUCGAUGGUGCGUACAACUGGAAGAUCUUAGCCGACAAUUUUAACGAGUGCUACCACUGUCCCACCGCUCAUCCGGAUAUACCUACUCUCGCAGAUAUCGAGACGCAUGACGUUACCGGCGUUGAUGGAUAUAUUACGCAUCAGUCUAUACCGACGGAGGAGCAAAAGAAGCUCGGUAUGGCUAUAGCCAGCACCUACUUCUUUCCUAAUGUUUCUAUUUCAGUUCUGCCGCACUUUAUUAUGCUCCAGCGCUUUCUGCCCAAAGGACCGAGGAGCUCAUCGAUGCACUAUCAGAUCUACCGGAACAAAAACUCCUCCGAAGUGGAUUUUCAGCGCAUUCACCAGCUAUAUGCCAAAGUCGUGUCAGAGGAUAAAGUUCUCUGCGAACUCACGCAGAAGAACCUCAAUGCGGGCAUCUUCGUGAAUGGCCAGAUGCAUCCAAGGCUUGAGAAGGGUCCGUUGUACUUCCAGCAGAGAGAUCGCGAGGCAAUCAGAGAGCACGUGGAACGGGAGAAGGCUGCGAAGCAAGAGAUAUGGCCUGCUCAGCAGCACUUGCCUGUUGAGGCUGUUGUGAGCAAGGAGGACUUGGAGCUUUGCUCCGGUCUGAGUUGUCAGCCGGAACAAGCAGGCCUUGUGUGGUGA